AUGGAACAACCUGACUCGGACUCCUCCAGCAAGGACCCGGACCUCACCCACGAUGAGCGCCUCGCGAACCGGGCCCAGCCGAGUCCUCGUGGUGUUCGUCGCCGUCUGCUGCGCUGCAGGUGCGAGCCCGACGGGGAGGCGGUGGAGGGAGGCUCUGCGUCGGUGCCGUGCUCCAGGCCAGGGGAGUCUCAAGGCCCCCACCCCAACUGGACGUGGGUCCCCGACCACCCGGAGUGCGUGGGGGACGGCGAGGACCAGAAACGCUUCGCCAAGCGCCACACGCUCCGCGAGGCUCAGCCGUGCGUCCUGCAGCUGCGCCAGCUGCACCUGGGAGAUGCGGGGGUCUUCACAUUCGAGUGGGGAGAUGUCUCGCUCCGUGUGAGGCUCAAUGUCAGACCAGACUGCGACGCGCCCGUGGUGGUGGUGUCAGACCACCCGGGGCCCGUGCGACAGUCGCAGAACAUCACCCUCCGGUGCGCCGCGCGGGGCUCGGCGGGCGCGGCCGACGAGGCGGUCGCGUGGUGGCGCAACGGCGAGCGAGACCCCGAGCGGCGAGGCGUGGAGCUGGCGGUGCGUGGCGCCCAGAGCAGCUCGCAGGGCGUGUGGGCGUGCGAGAGGCGCGGGCGGCGUGCCGAGUACUGCCUCACCUUCGCCCAUUCGCCUUCAUCGAAGCAGUGGGGGUGCGGGAAGAUGAGCGCGGCGAUGAUGGAGGCGCAGGGGCCCCCCUCUCCCCACGAUGCGCACAGCUUCGCUUGGCCCCCCUGGCUGCUCGCCACCCUCGCCGCCAUCCCCACGACGAUCAUCAUCGCCGCGCUGCUCGUCUGGCUUCUGGUGAAGAGGAGACGCAGGGAAAUGCAGCCAGAUGACAUUCGCGUUCUGCAUCAAGCGUCACGACAGCGCACGUGCGAGGACUUCGCGUUUGAGAACGACUCAGACACCGACAGUGACCGCUACGUGACCCCGGAGACCCCCAAAGCUGCGCCGCAGGCCACAGCCAACAGCCACACGCGGAGCUGCGCGCGAGUCGUGUGAGACACGAGGAGGAGGAGGAAGAGGAGGAGGAGGAAGAGACGAAGUGCACGGAGAAAGCGGAUGGAGGAUUCGAUCCUGCGAGUUUGCACAGAGAAGACAUCUCGUGACUGUAUAUUGCACCUAUAUAUAUAUAUAUGUUCCCUUUACACAAAGACAAAUAUCCCCUGCAAAGCAUGUAACAGACUUUUGAUGCAAGUGCUGUUAGCGAGCACCUAUGAAGACCGGCACAGCACACAAAGGGGUGGGUGACCAGCACCACGACGGGCCGACAGUGUCCCAGUGGCGAUGUUAGACACCGCACCAGGUACUCAUUUGCGGCUGAGUCAACCUAGGGGGAGGCCCAGAACCGGUUCAGGAAAUCAACACUGGUGUUGAUCGUGAGCGGGAAUCGAACUCGGGUCGCAGAGACACACAGAGACACACAGAGACACACACACAUAGACACACACAGAGACACACACAUAGAGACACACACAGAGACACACACACAGAGACACACACAGAGACACACACACAGAGACACACACAGAGACACACACACAGAGACACACACACAGAGAUACACACACAGAGACACACAGAGACACACACACAGAGACACACACAGAGACACACAGAGACACACACACAGAGAUACACACAGAGACACACACACAGAGACACACACAGAGACACACACACAGACACACAC